UCAACCAUUGACCUGUGUGACUUCUAGUCAGUGUGUGCAAGGAACGGCAGGCAUGGAACACGGUUUUUCCUUUGAUCAUUUCUGUAUUGAACAGUGUUUAAGUUUUAUAAUAUCUUUAAUUGACCUGCUUGGAUUGUAUUUCAUAUUUUCUGAGCAUCAUAGUGGCUGCUGCCUCAACUCUGUUGGUGAGCUGCCAAGCCCGAGAAUCACUCAUCUGGAGGCUUUCAAAGACAGGCAGAGCCUCUUGGUUAACUGGCUGGUGAACAAAAGUAGCUUAGUGGGAGAUAUCUAUGAGAUCCAGAUCGGCCGCACCGAGAACUACGCUGUUAUUUAUAAUAAAAAUCUGAGUAUAUUUUCUGUGGAUCCCGUCGAAUAUGCAUGGACAUGGACCUCGGACCUGCCUCUGGAGUGUGUUGAUCACUCAGUCAGGAUACGAUGUUUCUAUAAUCAGUCUGUCCCGAGUGCCUGGAGCAACUGGAAAACAAACAAUAGAACCCAGGUAAAGGGUGAGACAAGGAUCUUCCCUGUGGAUCGAGUGAUGAGAGAGAACUCCAGCGCCAUGUUCUGCUGUGUUCCCCCAAGGGGAGUCAAUAUUAUCAGCAUGACCUUCAAUCAGAACGAAUACCCUCUUAUCAGCAUUGGAGCGGGAGUCAAGGCAAUCACUGUACAUAACCUGACCAUCCCAAAAUUGCGCAUUAAAAGACUUGUACUCUCAUGCGAUAAUACAGCAGGCGGGGUCAGUGAAGUCUGGAACUUUAUCAGUUUUCCUCCCCAGAAGCCCAGGAAUAUCAGCUGUCAGACCUCAGAUAUGAUAAUAGUCGAAUGCUCCUGGGAUUCAGGCAGAAAACGAGACAAGCACGAUCACAACAAACAAACACAAACUCUUCACAUAGACAACUCAGACCAGCUUCCCAUCAACUGUAAAGCGUCAACUUGUACUUUCCCUACCAUCCCUCACUUGAAGGAAUACUACAUCCGUUUGGUGGUGAAGGACCAGCUGGGAGAAGAGACGGAGAGCUACAGCUUCAAUAUCUCUGACAGAGUGUUACCUGUGGUGGAGGUGGAGGGAGUAAGUCUCGGGGUGACAUACACCACUGUGUCCUGGAUCGUACAUGGAAACUUGACCCAACUGAACCUCCUCUGUCAGGUCACUGCAGACCCAGGCAGUGCCACCAAACUGAGGUACAACAGUGUGAGUGGUCUCUGUAAAGUCAAACUGGAACAUCUGUUACCUAACACCUGGUACUCUACCAGAGUACGAUGCUCUGUCGACGGCCGGCUCUGGGGGAAAUGGACAAAGCCCAGGUCCUUCAAAACCUAUCCGUUUGUGACCUUGGAUGUAUGGAGGAGAAUAACGCAGCUGUCCGACCCAAACAGUCGUCAAGUAACUCUGUUGUGGACUCCACAUGUUACUGACUCAGCAGCCGAGAUCCAAGGUUACAGAGUUCAGUGGUCGCAGGGAGGUCAAAACUGGAGUGAGACGAAGGACAGUGAGCAGACCCAGGCAGAGGUCGCCAUUAAUCUGGGACAGUAUGACUUCACUGUCCAGGCUCUUCUCCACACCGGCUCCGCCAUCCCUGCUCACAUCAUCAUCCCACAGAGGGACAACGAUGAAAUCCUCCCAGUAAAGAGACGUUUGAGCAGCAGCACUUCUGGUUUUAAUCUGUCCUGGGAUGAGCAUGAUACACUCACCUGUGGCUACACUGUGGAGUGGUGCUUUCUGGGAAAUGCAGUGCCUUGUACUGUGCGAUGGCUGACUGUAAAAGAAGGAAAUAAAACAUUGUUCCUACCUGCCAGCAAUUUCAAAGCAGGUUGUAGGUAUACAUUUAAUAUCUAUGCAUGCACAGAAAAUGGAUACAGACUACUGGAAGUACAGAAGGGAUACUCUCAAGAGCUUAAAUCUGUACAGUCCCCGAUACUGGUUGAACCUGUUCAGAGUACUUCCUCAUCUGUGACUCUGGAGUGGAGUUACAAUGAGGACGAUCCGGCUCACACAGCAUUCAUCACUGGUUACCUGGUUACAGGACAAGAAGCAGGGACUGAUGCACUACCAGCUCAUGUUGAAAAUUUGUUCAACGUGUCUGUGGCAGACGCUCGAAGGAAGUCUGUGACCAUAGAGGGACUGCGGCAGGACCACAAAUACGUUUUUUCUUUGAGCGCUCUCACCAAGGAGGGUCCUGGACAAUCCACCAAUAUUACUAUCAGAACCAAAACCAACUACUCUGCUCAAGUGGCCAAGAUAUUGACUCCCAUUUUGUUACUGUUGGGCUGCAUCAUUGCACUGUGGCCACAAAGAAAAAUUCUGAAGAGCCGGCUGAGAGAGAUAUUUGCUUACCCGGCUGGUAUGACCAUAAAAACUCCUGAGUUAGACAGCUUCCUGCACGAGACUGGUGAGAGGAUGCAUGCUCUGAAGGUGGAGGAGUACAGAAGCUGUGACAUAGAGAUCCUGAACAGCAGACCUCUUCUGAAGGAAACAACUGCACUGAGAGACCCCGCACCCCCAAACACACUGCCCUCUCUUGCUUCCCAGUCCUCUGCUCCGACCACAUCACUCUCCAGUGUCCUGCUCGAAACAGGUUACUGUCCUCAGUCAGCCACAGUGUUGAGGGACAGACCAGACAUUCAACAGAUGACAAGCAUCAAAAACGAGCCUUUUCAUCACACCAUGGAGGAAGAUUCAUCUGAGGCACAACAACUCAUGUUUUCAGAAAUCAAAUCAAGCUUUGAGCCAUCUGGCAGUGUGCAUGAUUCAUGUAGUGUUAUAUAUGGUUACAUCUCCAAUAACACUUUAUAAGCAUGAAGUCAAAGACCAGGCCCAAGACAUCUGUCAUAUUUUUCCAAGGGUGUAAAUAGUAUAACAUGUUUAUGUAAAUCUGAGGCUUUCUAAUGAAAAUAUGAAUGCAUGUGCUUGUAAAAAUGUAUCUUGUCAUAUGGUAUGUAGAGCAGAAAAACACAGGAGGUAUUAUUUAAACAACUUGUUCUUCCUGCAGUAACACAAUUUAGGAGUCAAAGUAAUGCAGCAGCUAGAGAUCGAAUCUACAGGAUGCCACUGAUAUAGCAUAUGUGCAUCUUUUUCUUUUAUUUGUAUGGUAUUAUAAAAAUAUAUUUUUGAAUAUCCAACACUGUAUGAGCAAUGUUUUUUUAAUCUGCAAUUUUAAAAACAAGUUUAGGUCAUCGUAUAUGCAUUACCAUUUAAAGAUAUGUUAUGUAUGAUCCCCAGGGAUGAUAGAACGUUCAAAGUUGUGGCUAAUAUUUAGGUUUAACUAUAAAUAUUAUGAAGUGAAAAAUGUAUUAGAGUCAAUUAAAUUGCAAAUGAUGCACCAUAAUUCUAAUUGGCUCAUGCAGAUCCAUCAACCUGUGCAGUGACAUCUUAAUUAUUAUCUGCCCUAAUGUUUUGAAAAUGGAUGCAUUUGAUAUGAUUAUUGAUAUGAUCAGUUUCUUUUUGUUUGUUAGCUACGGUAUCUCUGCAUUGACUUUCCACGAAACACUCAUCCCAAUUUCACCAAAUCACAUUCCCUGCCCAUGACUUAAUGGCGCUCUAGUUUUUUUUUUAAGUAGCAGGUCUGGUUCUGAACACCACAGUGAGGCAGAUAGUCAGUCAGAUACUCAAGCAGCUGAAACACCAGCAUGUUAAGCAGGGCGGCUGCUGUAUGAUCUGAGGAAAUACUGAGAGAGAAAUGACUCACUCAUAACCGAGUUCCAGCAAAAAUCCAUCGCAUGCUAUUUUAUUCUAUGUCUUGUUUUUAGUUCUUGUUCUCUAAUGAGUCCUUUCCCACUUAUUGCAUUGCGAUGGGAAUGUCAUCUCCCUUAUGUUGUUAUGUCCAUGCUUUUGUCUCUGGCCUGUACUUAAUAAACUAAAAAAGUCCAUUGCAA